AAAAAAAAUAUCAGGAAUAUUCGUAUGAAGACAUACGUCAAAAUCUAUUGACUCUUUCUACACUUGAUCGCUACACAUACUUUUCAAAUCGAUUUUCCGCAGUCCCAUUUUUUCCUUUACAGCGUCGUGUCGAACAUCGAUUAAAAUCAAUGUCCUUUAACAGUUCUCAUUCCUUCUAAUUUGCAAACAAAGAGUAAUAAGAGUAAUAGAAAAAGAGAAAAGAAGAGAAAGAGAGAGACGCUAAAUGAUACUUUUUCUUCGAUAAUGCCUUUUAUAAUUAGACUUACUUGGUUCUUUCAUAAGAAGUAAAGUUCAAGACAGACAAGUAUACUUGGAAUGUCUUUCAAUAGCUUUUCCUUUUUCUUAGCGUAUAAUGCAAAUAUCAGAACAUAAAAUUUAUACAAUUUUAAGAUUGAUUCUAUCGUUUGUAUCGAUAGAUCAAAGAAGAAAGUCUCGUUUAAAAAAUUUUAAAAAUGAUGGGAUAACUUUAACGUUCGACUUAUUUUUCGUCAUAUUUUUAAAGGACUAUAUCCCUCUUUCUCUCUUAGUUAUUCUCAACGCUUUCUCGUUAUCUCCCUCAAAGCUUUAUCCUUUCACGAUCUCCUAUUUGUCUCGUUUCUCCAGUCUUUGGACGAUUAUUAUGCGCAUUGCUUUCAUACCAGCCUCAUUUCCUCGUUACAAGCUCGUUACACGAAGCGCGUUUCAACGGGAUAUCCUAUGUAAAGUAUUAGCGCGUUCUUACAAGCUCAUCGAAUAAAUUCAAAUGGUAUAUUGCUUUAUCGCGCGAUCGGAGUACGAUGGAAAAUGGUGUUGCAUUAUUUCUUAAUAGAUGCUUUUAGCGAGAGUUAAAGCAUCGGCAGUUAAAAAUUUCGAACGCUUUUCCAAUCGACAAAGAUUAUCAUCUGUGAAUGUUAAAGAUAUUUUCGACGAGUUUCCUCCGAUAAAAUCGUUCUUCUAGAAUGACUUUAUUCUUUUCUUUUAUUUAUCAGUUAUUAUGUUGUACGAUCAGGAUACGACGUAGCAUGCGUUGAGAAAUUAUCGAGUUGAGACAAGGCGAUAGGUAACUUGAUAUCAUAGUUUCAGCAUUCACGGAGAUAUCGUGUUGCUUGCAAUAUCAGCUAAUUGAUCGAUGAGUAAUGGCACGUCGUCGAACCUAUACAUAUAUCUAAAGGGAAGCUUUUGGCCAAUUGGCGAAUAGCUGAGAUUUAAGCUUUCGAAGGGUUUCUCUUGAAAGUGAAUCUUUGAAUGCUAGUUCGAGGAAACGGGACACGCAACGAUUUAGACAGACAGACAGACAGAGAAAGAGAGAGAGAGAGAGAGAGAAUCUUCAGUCGUUUAUAGAGUUGCUUCAAACAUAGUGGAUCUGCUCAAUAGCCGAUCAAAAGCUUGUUCGAGAUCAAUAAAUUUUGUUCGACUCAUAGGUGAAUGAUAAUAAUGCGAAUUCCUAUUAACUGCUUUCGUUGAGAAGCUUCGAAUUUCGUACGGUACUUCUCGAUAUCUGUUCUCAAUCGAUCGAUAUCGGUUAGAAUGAUGUCAACAGGGACUGCACGGCAACUCCUAUUCAUUAGUAGAAACCGUGCACCAUCGUAGCUUACGCGAUUUGCGGCCUUGUGCGAGCGCAUUGAUUGGUAAAUUUAAUGCUAUUCGAGGGAUCGUAAUCCUAUAUCGACAAGGACUACGCCCACUAUAGAUCGGUCGACAUGUGCGAGACGAAACUUAUGCGUAGGAUUUCGAGGAUGAAACGCGAGAAUGAAUCACGAUCGAGUUUUCUGCGAUCUUUCGUUAUUUCAAAUCUUACAACACAAAAAAGAAAAAAUAAGUUUUACCUGCAUUCGAACCGAACACAGAUAUGAGUCGAAUAGAAUAUGACAAUUACUCGAAGAACUUCCGACAGUUCAACGAAACAAGACGCGAUGUCAUCCGAUUCUUUUUUAUAAUCGAUGCAUUUUUAUCAUUACUUUCGUUUCUAUUUUCCUUGAUACCCUUUAAUAUCUACCUUUUCUUUUUUUUCUUUUAUUUUUAAACCCGUUGGAAAGUUCUUUUGGAAAAUAAUGGAUAACAAAUAUGUCUACACUAAAAAAAGAAGUCAAUUUGGCAAGCAAUGUUUCUUCGAGGACGUUGGGCCGAUCGUCGAAGAAAAUAUCUUUCCAGACCCGAGUCUUAACAAAAGCUAUAUUAAACAACGUAUAAUUAAUAGUGAAACUCAAGAAGCAGUACAAUACGCACUCCACAAGGUUACAUCAAACUUGACUUAAGAAUCAGAUUUAUAAAUUCAUGCUUUUAGUACUAUUUUAUUCGUUUGUAUAAUCAGAUUCAGACUAAGUACGCAAAAGUAAAAAAUUCGGGAAUACGACAUUUCGAGGGUAGUUGGCCGAAGGAAAUAAAUCCUUUAGACGAGGAGGCAGUUCGUAGAUUUCGUCAACGAUUCAUGAAAAGUGACAGUUGGAUUACGUCUAUGAAUUCACUUAUGGAAGUAAGCAAUAUAGUUUUCUUUUUCCACCGUGAAAACUUAUUAAAAUCAUUAUAAUUUAUUAUUAUCUUAGACAAUGGAGCAUUACAUAUUGCAAAAUAACACUAUCGAUAUUUACGAUAAUUACUUCGAUGACAUGAUACCUACGAAAUUAACGAUUUCUCCUGAAAUGAGGUAUGAUCUAAGAUAUCAUUUUCAAGUAAUAAACUUAUGUAUAUAUUUUUUUAUUUAAUUUUUCAAGUUUUCAUAUGCGUACCGAUCCGAUUUAAAUUUAAUCGACAUUUAAUUAUUAAAAGAUUGAAAAAAUCAUUAUGACAAAAGUAAUCUUAGUGCGAGACUUUAAAGAAUAAUGAUAAUUUUGUUACUUCUACCCUACGACGAAUAAUGCGGUGAUACCACCAUAAAACUUAGCAAGCCAUUUUAUCUCAUGACGCACGAUACAAACACGUACGAAUUGCGAUUCGACGAGAGGAAAUAGUAGGAUAGUAAAUCCGAGAAUGCCAAUACGUAGUACGAGAUUACUACGAUGGUGACGAGAACGUUCGUGUAAGGGCAUCCUUUGCAUACGAUUUAUGGUGGUUACAAUUGGAAAAUCAUACGUUUCCAGUAAUAUAUAGGUAGUGACGAGAUAAAAAAGGAGUGAAAUAAAUAUUUAAGCCUUUUAGAAAACUUUUAUUUUCUUUCAGGAUCAUAAGCACGUAUUCCGAUCAAGAAUUAAACGUGAGACCUGUUAAUCAUUUGUGUUGGUCAAUGGACAGACCUCAAUUUGCUGUCGCAUAUUGUUUCAAAGAUCGGAUUCAGAUGCCAACCAAUCUGAGCCCGAACGCUUACAUUUGGAACAUCGAAAGACCUAACAAACCGUCGGUGAUCCUAAAGUCAGCUUCGGCGUCUAUGGCUAUCGAGUUUAAUCAACGUGACCCGUCGUUGCUGAUAAGUGGCUUGAUGUCCGGUCAAGUGUGCAGCUGGGACACAAGAACCGGUGAUUCGCCGGUGCAAAUAUCGGUACCUCUGAACAGUCACAGAAAUCCAGCGAGCCAGGCGUACUGGAUCACUUCCAAGACCAAUACCGAGUUCUUCUCGUCGUCUAACAGUGGCACAAUCAAGUGGUGGGACAUUAGGAAUUUGAGAAAGCCAACAGAGGUUCUAGUGAUGGACUUGCAAAAUCCCGAGAGACAGAGCAUAAAUGAAUCUAUCCCUAUCACCGUACUUCAAUACGAAUCUACCAUGGGUAGUAAAUUUUUGGCUGGACUCGAAAACGGAAUCAUCGUGAACGUCAAUAGAAAAGCUAUAUCAAAUUCCGAGAAACUCCAUACGAGAUACCAUUGUCAUUUUGGACCAGUAUUGAGCAUCGAUCGAAAUCCUACUAUUUUGAAGAACUUUUUGACUACCGGCAGCAAUCAUGCCAAGGUUUGGACAGAGGAAACCAGAGAGCAUUGUCUGAUCAAGACGACAAGAAAAUUAGGCCUCCUGACAGGAACAUGUUGGAGCAGAUCCAGAUUAUCUCUUUUCUUUACGAUAAAUACGGAAGGUACGUUGGAUGCUUAUGAUCUAUUCCAAGGAAUACGAACACCGACCUAUCGAAUUCAAAUCUGUAAGAAAUCUUUAACAACUAUCAAACCUCACAACGAUGGUAAUAUCUUGGGCAUCGGUUCCGUUAAUGGAAAUGUUUAUUUCGUCUUAUGUGGAGGCUUAUUUACUACCACAUUUCCCCAUGACAAAUCCUUCUUUCUAUCGUAUCUAGAUAGAUGUAGUCUAUAUGAAAAAGCAGUGGAAGCUCGAAAAAAAGAGACGACAUUGCUGAUUACUCAUGUACCUCCACGACGUUCAAAAUCAAAGUAUAGAAGCAGACCAAGGGGAUCGAGGGAAACACCAAGAAGGUCGAGAGUAAAAAAACAUCAUGGACCUCCGUUUGCCGAUGAUGAAGAAAUAAUCGAAGCGGAGAAACAAUAUUUUCUUAAAUUGGAGGCGGUAUUUGAACAACCUGAUUCAACGUCUCAUUUAACUUUUACUAAGCUUUUUUCGGAAACUUUAUUUCGCCUUAAGGAGAACUUAUGUAACAACGAACUAUUCGAAUUGAAAUUACACGGUCCAAUUCAUCCCAUUUUCAAAGUUUCAUAUUGCAUUAAUACGAAAUAUAAAUGAAAGGAAAUGAUGAAUGAUGAGAAAAUUAUCUUCGAUAUAUGAAAGUUUCAUGUAUCGAUUAAAAUUUCGAUCCUCGUACGUAUUCCAUUAUUUCAGGAGAAGGAAGCUUUUGAAUCGGAGGAUAGCAGAGAGAUAGAGAGGAUAUACGCUUAUCUAAGAACCGAACAAAUCGAACGCGAGAAAAAGAUAAUUAAAAUCGAGGAAGAGUAUGAAGAGGAAGAAAUAGAGAACAAAAAAGCGAAAAAGCCAAUAGCUUUAACUUUAAAGACUCCACGAAAAACAUCGAUUGUCUCCACUUCGCUUGAGAAAAUCGGCGCAAAGUUCGAUGAAGAAAUUGGCGAAUCUGAAGAAUUAAUCAAGAGGAAAGGUAGAAGGAGGCGAGCUCUUAGCGAGAUACCAUUGAAGAUUUGUUCGAUGGAUAUUUGUGAACCGAAAAUCUGUUGUGCAGGUAACGCAAAUUAUAAUAUUAUAAUUCUAAUCGAAUUCGUCGUUGUUAUUCCAUUAUUAUAAUCAUGAUCGAAAAUAAUCGAGGUUUCCUUCGAAAUGUUCUAUUAUUUUCAAGAUAGUUAAUGUCUUAUCGAAUAAAUAUCUUAUCGAAUAUAUCGAACGAUAUUU